AUGAGGUAUCUCUUCGUAAAUUCUCCAUAAUUUUUCGUUCUUUUCAGAGGAACUCUACUGUUUUCUCUUCUUCUUCUUCUGAUCUCGCUCAUCACGGCACAACCGGCCGAUGACAACGAUCUUCUUCCCAGAUUGGAAAUGCUCGACAGCAAUAUGCAAAGAUUGAAUCUCACUGACAUUCACUUCUUGAAUCCGAACGACGUUAGUAUUUUUAAUGACAGACGAAAUGAAUCUUUCUUCGUUGCAGAUUGUGAAAGUGGAGACUGUAGUGAAUGUGUUCAGGCCGAUCGCUGGCAAGGAUUUAUAUCAGAUCAUGCAGGUUUUUCUUUUUUUCUUAUCACUUGUUUGUUUCAAUAAAUUACUUUCAGGAAAAGUUGAACGAAACUCAAGAGUACAUGGUGAACGCGUCGCCGGCAGAAAGGAAAAAGUGGAAGAGCGCAGUCAUCGUCCCGCCUUUGCCGAAGAAGAAAAAUGGUAUUCGAGCUGGAAGAGCAGCUGCUUCCCCUUAA